GGAGCGGCCGACGUGGCAGCAUGGACGCGACCACCGGCCCGCACCGCAUCCCCCCGGAAAUGCCCCAGUACGGGGAGAGGCACCACGUCUUCGAGAUGAUGCAGAGCUUGCUGGAGCAGCUUCUGAUCCACCAGCCCACGGAUCCCCUCCAGUUCAUGAUCGAGCACUUGCAUCGAAACAACGACUGCGUGCCGAAGAUCGUGGUCCUGGGCCCGCCCGCCUCGGGGAAGACAACCAUCGUGAGUGUGUCCCCUGCGUGUGCGACGCGGUGACACCCCCAAAGCGGGACGAGGCUGCGCUCAGCGACUUCCGUCCUUCCCCGUCUCCGGCUUCUGACUUACUGUAAAUCAGAAGACGCCUUGAUCGAUC